CACGUUGCUGUACAGCUGGGCGACAGCUGAUAGAAAACCUGCAAGAAAAGUCAAUAAGACGCUAUCUACGUUGAUAACAUAUUUAAUAGAAUUCUUUGGAUGUUUGUAAUGAACAGGUGAAAAUUCACCUAAUAUCAUGUCGCAACAAAAUCUUGCUGUUAAAUUAUGUGGUGUACUUCAAUCUCAAAGUGAAGACGAGGUAACAGCUCGAGAAUGGCGUUUAAUAGGGCAAGAGCAAGAUGGCUCUCAAGUUUUUACUUGGGUGUCUAUAAGAAAUGACAAAGAAGUUAUGAAUAUUGGUGUCUACACCAACAACACAAAAAUUUUAACUACACUACAUACUUUUGAUGAGAAAUUUAAUAUAAUACAGGCUUCAGUCAAUUCUACGCGCAGCUUGCUCAUCUAUGUUGUUAAAAUCCUUCCUAAAGAAGGUGAUGAUAUUCAGGAAGCCUUGUAUUGCCCAUAUUUAAUAUCUCUGCUUCCUGAUAAAACUAGCGAGCCUGAAGUAGUGGAAGAGGGUUCGACUAGACAAAUUAUGGUGCAGUAUAUAUAUGGAAAGAGCAAGAAAUACAGCCCUGGCAUCAGAAAUGAUAGAUUCUUACUCUUCAAGCAUUUGGAAUGCAUCAAAAUAUACAGAACACCAAUGUUUCUUAAUGAAUGUGACGAUGGCAGUGAGAAGUGGGGCUUUGAUGGCAUCUACCCUGAGCCAGAGACUAUUGUAAAUGUGUUCUCAUGGGCACAAUGGGAUUGUGUCAACCAAGUGUUGUUCUACAUCCACUACCGUCAGCCGCAGCAGAGUUUUGCAGAGGGGGAGGAGGUGAAGUCCCCUUCAGAGUUGACGCCUACACUCUCCGCGCUGCAGUUCCACGCCGAUCUGCCUCAUGAGACUGUGCUGAACAUCCCGCUGAGCUUGCCGCAGGGGGCGGGGGCAGGUGUGGGCGGGGCGGCGGGCGCGGCGUGCGGCUCGUACGAGGACGACGCGGUGCCGCUGCGCGUACACGACUGCGGUCUCGACCUGCACAUCGUAUGCGACGCGCGCGGCCUGCUCUGCGUCUGCCAUCACUACCUUUAUAAGCCGCUCGACGAUUCGACGACAUCCUUGGUGUUGGAGGACAGCGCGGAGCUGAAGGAGGGCGGCGUGAACUUCGCGUACUCGGUGACGCUACUGCACCACGGCUGCGUGGUGCACAGCGUGCUGCCCGACCUGCCCUGGAACCUCGCCAAGUCGCUGCGACCCUCAUACACACUCUACCAAGAUAAUCAUCUCCUCGUGCACAUCCCGAUGUUGUUCACCCACUUGAUCGACGUGAGCCUACAUCACGAGCCUUGCGCCCACAUCGUGAUCCCGGUGGAGGCGAGCGAGAGUGGGCCCAGCCUCGCGCCGCUGCUGGGCUGGGGCGCCCACGCCAUGGUCGACAUGAACACCCUCGACGUGGUCGCCAUGCACGUGGCGGAGAAAGACCUCGCCACAACGUUUAAGACCACGCCCCUCGAGAAUAAGCUGGCCAUCAUACAUUACUUGAUACAGCACGAGGGGAAUCUGGAUUUGGCCGAAGAGUUGAUGUCGUGGGUGUGCGUGAACCAGGGGGCGGGUCUGUCGGGGCUGGAGGCGGCGCGCUCGCUGUGCCGCGCGGCGUCGCGCGCCUGCGCCCUGCCCUACUCACACCUGCGCGGCUUCUCCCUAGUGGAUGAGAUGGACCCGACGCACGCGCUGGUGUCGUUCAGCGUGCUGGAGCAGUACUACCUGGCGGCGGAGGGCGCGGCCUUCCCGCUGCCCGCGGGCUUCAGCUCCUUCUUCACGUACCUGGGGCGCCGCGCGCUGCCGCACCACGCCUUCAUGCAGCGCCUGCACCGCAACGUCUUUGAGCUGCAGAUCGACGUCCUCAAAGCUAUACUUACUGGUAAGGAGGAGGAGGGCAAGCGCGGCGUGAACAACAAGCUGCGGCUGGUGCAGGUGGCGGGCGAGGCGCGCGGGCGGCGCGCGCUGGCCGCCUGGCAGCACUGCGCCGCGCUGCAGCUGCGCGCGCGCGACCACGCCGGCGCGCUGCUCAGCGGCGGGCACUGCGCCGCGCACGACCGCCUGCGCCACGCCGCGCUGCGCGACACCGGUGGUUUAGCAGCGCUACCGUCAGGCGAACGGCUGUCCCCGCUGGACACGUUCCUGGACCUGCUGACGGCGAAGGCCAGCCUCAACGAGCUGGACUUCAACCUUAUCAUAGAAGCCACCCUCGCCUCCGUACAGCAACAAACUGCUCAGAACUUGUACAAGUACCGAGCUUCACAUCCUACAUAACUAGGAUACCCAGUUAACGUUAGUAUCUAUCGAGUAUCUAUAAGUAAAUCAUUAAAAUAUGUGGUAACAAAACUUAACUUUUUAUAAUAAUAGUUGAAGUAGUUGCGAAUAGAAAUAUUAGCGAAGUCAGGUUGAAGAAAAUAUGCCAAAAUAGGUAUUCCACAGAAAAAGUGUCCAGUUUGUAUUUGUUGUUGACUUAUUUAUGAAUUUUCUCUUUUUCAUUGUACUAAAAUAAGUUAUUAUAAUUUAUUCAAAUACAUUGUUAUUUCUAUUUACAUUCCGAUAUGAUCUCUUAGUGUUGUAAGUAUUUACUUGCUUGUUAUAGUUACAAAUAUCUAGUAUAUAAAGGCACAAAAUUUUUACCAAGUCAAGUUUGUAUAAAUAAAAUUUUUUACCGUAAGAUUCACAUCACAAAUUGACAUUUCAAUAUUAAUGUAAACUUGAUCAUCAAAACUGAUUUAAUUUGACAGAUGUUUUCCAUUAUAAGUUACCAUUUGUUAUUACAAGUACAUAUGGUAUCUACUCUAGGUGUGGUUAAGCCCACAGUAUUGAAAGCAUAGGGUGCACCAACAUUAACCAAUGAUACACCCCAAAUGCGGGACACGGGGAAAUAAAACCACUUAAUGCUGAUUUCAAAAAACAGUUUUUUAUUUAUCAUGUAUCACUUUAUCUGACAUAUAAAAAAAAUUAUACCAAUAGGAAAAUUCCAUUUAGAUAAUUUGUAUUUGUACUAGUGCAAUAUUUAUUCA